UCAGAGAAGGAGGAUGAUAGUCUCAUCGCUCAGGAAGAAGUCGAUAAUCAGCAGCUACGCACCUGGAAGCCGAUCAGUCUCAGACUUCCGUUUCUUACCUUUGUCUUGUUGACUACUUCUGCUCUGAUUGUGGUGCUACAAUGGCUUCUUUACAUAAGUCAGACCACGGGCGGAGUUCUCUUUGCUUCCAACAUCAACGACCUGCCUCUGAGCAAGACUUUUGGCUAUCUCUACGCUCCCACCAUAAUAGCCGUCAUCUAUGGACUCCUCUGGAGCUGGAUCGAUCUCGAUAUUGAGCGCAUGGAACUUUAUUAUCAACUUUGCAGUCCUGCUGGCGCUUUGGCAGAAAAUAGUCUCCUACUACAAUAUCCGUUCGACUUCGUUGCUCUCAUACCAUUCAAAGCUGCGAGACGAAAACAUUGGUCUGUCCUCACGGCUGGACUUGCCGGUAUUGUCGUCCUGUGGACCUUGACACCUCUGCAGGCUGGUAUAUUCGUAACUGAGAACCGGGUAGUUACGACUGAGGCGAAUGAAGUCUGGAACGGAGCUACGAAGAUUAAUCCACAAACCAAGUACAACAGUAGCAGCGGCUGUAGUUAUGGACUGCCCGUCAAGACUAUGGCAAGAAGAGAUAACGACACUAGCAAGAACCUCGAAGCCAUGUACGUUGGAUACUCGAAUGACAACGGUGAGGCAGAUUGGUACCUUGGGAGCUACUGUCCAAAACAAGCCAACCAUACAUUCUUGGUCCGUACGACGCUUUUCUCGGAAGUCUCGGAAGCAGGAAUGCUGGACCAGAGCCUUGAAUCUAAGACUACGCCCGAUAGUGGAGUACUCAAGACCACAUCUCUUUACUGCGAGCCACGAUACUUUGAACAGGAAGUCAAUGCGAGUGUGGUUGCCGCAAAUGGCAGCGUCAUCUCGGUGAAUCCCAUUGGAGGAAAGAAUGAUCUUCCUUUACAGAUGUUUGACAUAAAUUUCUUCGAGACCGCUAUGAGCUCAGGUCUAGAUUACUGCGGGCCAGGUAUGAGCUAUGCCAGCGGCAGAGCAGAUUUUCCUGAGAAUGCGUGGCCCGAUCAGAAAACACAUCUUAUCAACACGAACCUCGAUAUGACAUACCUUCCAAAGAUGCUUCCGUUCUCCUACGCUGCACUUAAAAGGCUUAAUCUUGAAGAUUGUUUGGAUCCCCAAACUCUCGCGGAUUCGUAUCAGGCGGCGUAUCGACUCUUGUUUGUUGCAAAAAUGGCCCGCGUUCUCAGACCAGACUUUGGGGCUAAUGCCACUCACCACGAAGGUCAACGUACAUAUCACACGCAAGCGCUUGUACUUGUACCGGGAUUUACAUAUGCCGUGGAGACCCUGUUGGUGUUUGCUGUAUUGUUCAAUCUGUCUAUCAUCUACUUCAGCCUGACGAGGGCCUGUACACUUCAAUUCGACCCAACGACAAUUGCUUCGCAUAUGUCCGCCGCGGCGGAUCAUUCGGAACUUAUUGCUCUUCUUGGUAAUCUGGACAACAACUCUGCCGGCGCUCUACGUAGCGCGUUGGUGGGUUCGAAAUUCUCUAUGAGUUCGGACGUCAAGAUCGAACUACAAUCUGUACCUGCAACGGACUUCGGCCAGGAUGUGAAUACACAACAGACGACACACUCCAAAGGUUUCCAAUCCCCGAGCUCAGCUGGUGUAGCGGUAUUGUGUUCCUGGCGGUUCAGCUCGCAUGCAUAUCUGUGUUUGCAUAUUUGUUCCACCAAGCAAAAAUCAACAAUGAACUAUAUUCCAACUGCAAUCUCGACAACUCUGGAACCUGUCUGGAUUCUUCUGACCCGCCAGUUAUGUGUGCUGCAGCCAUUUGAGGAGCUUCGAAGAGGAAAAUCGACCAGUAGAAAGUCAAUUGCCCUGGCAUAUACGAAUCUCCCUCCCCAGCUAGUCGUUUUCAAAGCCCUCAGAACGGGCCACUAUAUGCUGAGUCUGCUUGCAACCAUGACAAUUCUGUCGAACGUGCUCUCGGUCGCUUUCUCAAGUCUAUUCUUCGAAAAAUCGGCCAACAUUGAGAUUCAGACUACGCUUCAACCGUUGCUAGCUCUACCCUUUCAAAGUCUGAACGGAACGGACCUUCCAUUCAAUAACAAUCUUGAAGUGAACUGGCAAGGCGGAACCACAAAGGACGAAUUUUAUAUUGCGAUGUCUAACGCGGUGGCUUCCUCCAAACUCCCAUCCUGGACUGAUCCUGACAGAUUUUACUUCCCAGUUCAGCUCCCAGAGAGCACUCGGGCUGAUCUCAACUACACUGUCACGACAGGAUACUUCGGAGCGAGCCUGAGUUGUGAGGAACUUACUCAGUGGGAAGCCAAGAAAAUGGAAGAUAACUCAGGAGCUAUUCUAUCUGGACAUAGUCUCUUCGAGUUCAAUAUUACUCAGCCAGAUGGUUCAUCCACGAACUGCUCGAUAAGUUUCUCCACCAGUUCGCCAGCAUAUAUAUCUGGAUUCAACAGUCUUGAGAUUUCUACACUCGCAGCGCCAUCAGAUUCCUGUAAGCAGACUCUUGUCACUGGUUGGUGGAGGGGCAAUGCAUCGAACCAAACAUUUGAGCUGACCAGCACUAAGAUGCUUUGUCAUCCAAAACUUGUCACUAGGUCUGCCGAAGUCACUGUGAGUAGCAGUGGUCACAUCUUACGCUCAAAGGUUCACUUUAUAACAAAGUCCAGUGACCUGAUCUUGCAAGCUCAUCAGUUCACCAUUGACAAGACUGAUGCUUACAAGAGUGGAUGGCACAACGAUAGCUUUCCCAUGGAC